UUUUAUCAUGCCAGUGCCCUCCCUUACACAGCUGGGCCAGCUGUAAAUCUCCCCUCCCAGGGAAGGUAUCAGGACCCUCGUGUUCACACCUGGGCCUGAAGGUGCUCAUCCCCUCCUGUGGGGCAGAACUGGCUCAGUUACAUGGGCACGAGGCAGCUGCCGUGGCUUAGAGGGUGUCAUAACCAUCAAAGACCCCAGAGUGCCCCCAGACUCAUUUCUGGGGUGUCCCACCAGACACUGCACAUGAUCCCCAGUGUUGGGACAGACAGUGUAAAUGUAAAACCCCCCCGCAGGGGGAAGUGCCUGGGUGUUCCCACCUGAACCUGAACGUAUUGAACCCAUUGAAAUCUAUGUUUCAUGGGAUUUCCCCACCUCUGAUGGAUCAAAUCUCCAACCAUCAUGUUGACUAAGUGAAAUUGCAGCAAUCAGUUCUUGUCACUGGAUCCACGGGUGAUGGUAUCUUUCUUCUCCACUAUCUUUUAUCCUUUCUUUCUCUUCCUUUCUUUUCCUUAUAUAUUUCCUAAAAUUAUUCUUUUAUACAUUUAUAUUGUUUCAUUUCUAUCGAUAAUAACCAAAGGAGCUCUGUAUCUCCUUUAUGUUGCAACCAAAUUGUUUUAAAACAAACCUGCAUUAUAUGUAUGUGUGUGUGUGUAUGUAUAUUAACACUGGUCAUUCAGUGUCAUUUCACUCUAAUCUGCCCCAAGGAAUCUAUUAACAAGCACCUCAGUUAUCCUCACCUUUAGGAAUGGGUAUAACAUCCAUUCACUUGAUGGAUGCACAUUUUCACUUGUUUAUGAAACUUUCAUGUUUUCAAAACUCCCUCUCAUUAUACUUUAUGUCUGCUGCUAGCUUUAACUCCAGCUGAGCUUUGGCUUUGCUGAUUUAAGGGAAAUAAAAGCUGAAAACAAGCCAUGUCAAACACUGAAUGCUUAAUUUUACAAAUAUUUACGAUUUUUUUUCAGGAACCACUGAUUCUGAAGACUGCCUGGUCAUGAUGGCUCAUGCUACUAUUUAUGUGGGUUGCACUGUUCCUCAGUUACUGAGGGGUGCUCAGAGCAGAAUUUUUCCCUCUCAUUCUCCAUUGGGGGUGUUGAGGCACUCUGCUUUCUGUUACUGCACGGGGAACAGCACAAUAAAAUCAAAAAGGAAAAUGGAUCAUCUAGAGAGGACAGCACAUAAUUUUCGACAGGAGGUAAUUACACAAGCAAAAGUGUGUGGAAUCACCAAUGAAUCAGAGACGGUCAAAAGGCUUCGUUUGGCAAUUGCAAAUAAGGAUUUUACUUUCAAAGCAGGACAAUGGGUGGAUUUUUUUAUUCCUGGAGUAUCUGUAGUUGGGGGAUUCUCAAUAUGUUCAAGCCCUGGCCUGUUAGAACGAGAAGGAAUACUAGAACUGGCAGUAAAGCACACUGUUCAUCCUCCUGCUCACUGGAUUCACACUGAGUGUACUCUUGACUCAGAAGUGGCUCUGCGAGUGGGAGGUGAUUUCUUCUUUGAUCCUCAGCCUGGUGACUCCCCAGUAAACCUAGUGCUGAUAGCAGGGGGUGUUGGAAUUAACCCAUUGUUUUCUAUACUGCUGCAUAUAGCAGAUCUUCAUGGAUACCAAGAGGGUAAAGGAAAUAGACACAAAUUGGGAACAGCGAAGCUGUACUACAGUGCAAAAAAUACAAACGAACUCUUAUUUAAGAGAAUUGAGAAAAUACAAUCUCUAGCAGCCUUUAUGCUGUUGUGAGAAACAUCUGUACAGAAUGUGUACAAUCUCCAGGAGGACCUGCUGGGUUAUCACUGAUGGUUUGGAGGACGUGGUCCCUGAAGGAGCAGCUGUGUAUGUGCUGACAAGGGCAAAGGGAGAUGCCACUUGGGGUCUGAUCCUCACUGUGGAUGUGCACUCAUGUCACAGGCUGAGACACUGGAAAUAUCCUUAGAGCAAAUGAUAGAACCAACAGCAUUAGGGGUACAAAGACAGCAAGUCAAUAGUAGAGGUGCUGGUGGAACACUGGACAGCAGUGGCAAUAUGUGCUGCUCUUUAUCCCACAUAAUUUUAGAGAUGAAGUUACAGAUUUUCUACAAAGUAGAAUCUUUCUGGGUUGUUUUGUUAAGCAUCCCAGGGCACACUGAGUGUAGUAACUAGUCAACAAGCAAACACUUAACAAAAUUACCAAAUUUACCUAGAAAUUAUUUUUAUUUCAGAGUAUUUUAAAGCAUUUCCAGUGUCUAUUCCAGCAGUGAAAAUCCCGUAUAAUCCAGAAUCUAGACAGUAGCUAAAUCCUAAUUUCAGAACUAACUACAGCAUCUGACUAACACAUUCUUUUUUUGCUAUGAUUUGAACUGAAGCUGCUGGGGGUUUGGUGGUAACAUAUCGCAGCUGUGAUUUAGGGAACUGAAAAUGAGUUUGUACUUUCUACUCUGGUAAAAAUAACAUUAGUAUUACGUGGUAGUUGGUUUUACUUGAGAAGAUGAGACAGUAAAGGGUCUAGUGACCUUAUCAGACAAGUCUCAAAAAGUUCCUAACUAAUGGUAAAUACAUACUGCAGGGGGUUUUUUAAAUGAAAAACCCCUGUGGAAGUGGAAGGAGGAAAUACUGAGAAUUCAUAAGGGGAAAAAAUUGGGAAAUGACCUAACUGGAUCUUAGAUCCAAAUCUUACAGAUUGUAAUCUAUGUUAGAAAAGGAGAAGAGCACUAACAUAGCUGGCAGGGUAUUCACAUUCCAAGUGUGGGAAUUCUGUGUGUGUGUGCAGGUCAGGCCUGUGCAAUCACACCCAUCAGUUUCUCAGUGCUGAAAUGCAAAGUCUUGGUUCUCAGUAAUAAUCACUAGCUUUCUGGAACUGUGUGCAUACAUCUGCUUUGAUUUAAUGGCCUGUUGUGUAAGCAAGUGUGUUUAACAUUACAGAGAAAUAUUCUUGGUUUGAUGAAGGCGUUUCCUGGAAAGAUCACAUGUUGUUUCCACGUCACCCAGCAGCGCUCAC